AUGUCGGGUAAUUCGAGUGUAGGAACCUCCGGUGUUUAUGAGGCUGGUGAUCAGAGGAACGUCAAGAACUCAGAGAUCGAGACGGCCGACCGCUUUGACGAGGGUCAACCUAACUCUCAUUUGGCCAAUGACUCCAAGGACCAGAGAACCAUUGCCAACCGGCUAGUAGCUGAAGAGAGCAAGACUGAACCCGAGGACACUGGCGAGAGCGCGCUUUCCAAGAAGGACCCAACCUUACCUGCGAAAGACCACGGCAAUGAGCCGUCGAGGGGCGCCAAGAUCGACGCCCAAAUCCAAGCAGAGGAGGAGGAGGAGCUGAAGAGAAAAGGGAAAGCAUAA